AUGAGCACUUUACCUAAAGAUGCACUAAACAAUCCAAUAUUGCGGUCAGACUCCAGCGAUAAUGCUCCGUAUUUUCCAAUUUACGUAGUUACUGCAGUCAUGGCAGGAGUAUUCGUUGUGGGGCCUAUUGUUGUUCCACGGGGUCCUCACCGAGGUUUGAUAAGAGUCUCUUUAAUGCUUACCACCAUCUCCCUAUGGCUAUUUUGGGUGACAAUAUACAUAGCGCAGAUAAAUCCCCUCAUGGGUCCUCGGAUGGAUAACGCUUCACUAGCUUGGAUUGGAUACUGCUGGGGUGAAGAUCCUAAGAAAGUGGGCUUGCGUCUUGGUCUACCUCCAGAUUCGGACAUUCCUGAACUGCCUGUCGGGCCUCCAGAACCGCCGCCUGAAUUUUAA